AUGGCAAACAACAGACUGCACUUUCUGCUCAUCAUAAUCAUCGGAUUAUUGCUGCAAUCAUCCAUGAUGAUUAUCGCUCAGACAAUCUUAAACAGGGCUAAUCUGACAGACAAGGCUGCGCUUGUAACGUUCAAGUCGCGGUUAUUGUUGGAUCCCGGCAGCGUCUUGGCAAAGAAUUGGUCGGAAACGAGCUCUCACUGCAGCUGGGUCGGCGUUUCCUGCGGCCGCCGGCAUGGUAGAGUGACAGCCUUGGUUCUUCCUAGUAUGGGUCUCAGAGGAACCAUUGCCGGAGACAUAGGAAACCUGUCUUUCCUGGUUUCCUUCGACAUUAGCGGCAAUAGCUUUUAUGGACAUGUCCCGGAAGAACUCGGCCGGUUGAGGCGGCUGAGGAGUUUGUUUAUGGGCGCCAAUCAACUUUCCGGGAACAUUCCGGCAGCUUUUGGGUUGUUGACUAAUCUUCGAGUUCUCAACAUGUCACAAAACCAUCUCAGUGGAAAUGUGCCAAGAGAAAUAGGGAACUUAUCAGCCCUACAACUGUUAGCUCUGGGGUGGAAUAAUCUUACAGGGAAUAUAUGGAGUGAAUUUGGGAACUUAUCAUCACUACAAAAUUUAUCACUUCGUUUGAACAACUUUUCUGGUACUAUUCCUGCUUCAAUUGCCAAUCUAUCAAAUUUGGAGAAGUUUGACAUUGGGCAUAAUAGUAUCAAUGGAGACAUUCCUUCUGAACUUGGGCAACAGUCAAGUCUGAAAGAAAUUUAUCUUAGUUUCAAUAGUUUUGAGGGUGAAUUUCCAAGACCACUAUUGAACAUAUCAGGGUUGCAGCAGAUUGCCCUUGUAGUCAACAAUUUUUCUGGCAAUCUUCCACUUGACUUGGCUUUCAAACUUCCCAAUAUUGAAGGCCUUUAUCUAGCUAGCAAUAGCUUCAGUGGAAGCAUCCCUCCCUCUAUCUCAAAUGCCUCCAAACUUGCAUAUUUGGAUCUUGGAAGAAAUUUCUUGAGUGGAUAUAUACCUUCAACUUUGGGAAAUUUAGAUCAGCUUUUGUUCCUCAGCCUGCAAUUUAAUCGAUUGGGAAAGGAUCCAUCAAGCCUUGAGCUAGGCUUCCUUGCUUCCUUGAUGAAAUUAAAGCAACUCCAGAUUCUACAAAUAGGACAAAAUCCAUUGAAUGGAACUUUCCCAAGAUCUUUCCCUGUUGGUAAUCUAUCCAUGUCUCUUAUGACAUUUCUUGCGGCUGAGAGUGGCAUUAGAGGCCAAAUUCCUAGUGAAAUUGGCAACUUGACCAAUCUAAUCUGGCUUGGCAUAGAUGAUAAUUAUUUGACUGGAAUGGUUCCAAGAACAUUCGGAAAUCUACAACAAAUGCAAAGGAUAAAUCUAGGAGGCAACAGGUUAGAUGGGACAAUCCCAACCAACAUAUGCAAUUUGAAGGAUUUAUAUUUCCUGGGAUUGCACAAUAAUAAGCUUUUAGGGAGGAUACCAAGCUGCUUGGGAAAUCUUUCUUCACUCACACAAUUAUAUCUAGGGAAUAUAUGGAGUGAAUUUGGGAACUUAUCAUCACUACAAAAUUUAUCACUUCGUUUGAACAACUUUUCUGGUACUAUUCCUGCUUCAAUUGCCAAUCUAUCAAAUUUGGAGAAGUUUGACAUUGGGCAUAAUAGUAUCAAUGGAGACAUUCCUUCUGAACUUGGGCAACAGUCAAGUCUGAAAGAAAUUUAUCUUAGUUUCAAUAGUUUUGAGGGUGAAUUUCCAAGACCACUAUUGAACAUAUCAGGGUUGCAGCAGAUUGCCCUUGUAGUCAACAAUUUUUCUGGCAAUCUUCCACUUGACUUGGCUUUCAAACUUCCCAAUAUUGAAGGCCUUUAUCUAGCUAGCAAUAGCUUCAGUGGAAGCAUCCCUCCCUCUAUCUCAAAUGCCUCCAAACUUGCAUAUUUGGAUCUUGGAAGAAAUUUCUUGAGUGGAUAUAUACCUUCAACUUUGGGAAAUUUAGAUCAGCUUUUGUUCCUCAGCCUGCAAUUUAAUCGAUUGGGAAAGGAUCCAUCAAGCCUUGAGCUAGGCUUCCUUGCUUCCUUGAUGAAAUUAAAGCAACUCCAGAUUCUACAAAUAGGACAAAAUCCAUUGAAUGGAACUUUCCCAAGAUCUUUCCCUGUUGGUAAUCUAUCCAUGUCUCUUAUGACAUUUCUUGCGGCUGAGAGUGGCAUUAGAGGCCAAAUUCCUAGUGAAAUUGGCAACUUGACCAAUCUAAUCUGGCUUGGCAUAGAUGAUAAUUAUUUGACUGGAAUGGUUCCAAGAACAUUCGGAAAUCUACAACAAAUGCAAAGGAUAAAUCUAGGAGGCAACAGGUUAGAUGGGACAAUCCCAACCAACAUAUGCAAUUUGAAGGAUUUAUAUUUCCUGGGAUUGCACAAUAAUAAGCUUUUAGGGAGGAUACCAAGCUGCUUGGGAAAUCUUUCUUCACUCACACAAUUAUAUCUAGGUUCCAAUCAAUUUUUUUCUAGUUUGCCACCAUCCUUAUGGUUGAAUAACAAAAUACAAAUUCUAGAUUUGUCUUCAAAUCAUCUCAGUGGCUCUAUAUCUCCCGAUGUCGGUUUGUUAAGCAGCAUUACAGAGUUAUAUCUAUCAUCAAAUCAGUUUACUGGUGAGAUUCCAAGCACUUUAGGGCAGCUACAACAUUUAGUAAAUCUUUCAUUGUCAAUAAACAUGUUACAUGGUCAUAUACCUCAAUCAUUUGGUAGUUUAGUAGGCUUGGGAUAUUUGGAUCUUUCACAAAAUAAUCUUUCUGGUGUUAUUCCCAUGUCCCUAGAGAAACUUCAAUAUCUUGUCUAUUUAAAUGUUUCUUUCAAUCAUCUUACUGGGAAAAUACCUGAUGGAGGACCUUUCAGAAACUUCUCUGCUCAAUCUUUUAUGGGUAAUGAUGCUUUAUGUGGGUUGCAGCUUGGAGCUUGUGAAAGUCCUGAACAUGGGGAGUCAAGAAAAGUGAGGAGUUUGUUAAAGUAUGUUCUGCCAACACUUGCACUAAUACUACUAGUAGCUAUUUUUGUAAUUGUGGCACUAAGAUCGCGUAGUGGAAACACAAAGUUCCAAGAUGGAACUAGUCUAGAGCCUCCUCAUUUCAUGCGCAAGAGGAUCUCGUACCAUGAUAUGCUCCGAGCAACAGACAACUUUGAUGAAAGUAAUUUGAUUGGAAGUGGAGGCUAUGGUUCAGUGUACAAGGCGAAAUUUGUUGAUGGGUCGAUUGCUGCUGUGAAGGUGUUUAACCUGGAUUCGCGGGGUGCAUUCAAGAGCUUUGAUUCAGAGUGCAAAGCAAUGCGUGACAUUCGCCACAGGAAUCUUGUUAAGGUCAUUGGCAUUUGUUCCAACCAGGAUGUUAAAGCCUUGGUUCUUGAAUACAUGGCAAAUGGAAAUCUGGAAAGGUGGCUUUACAGCUUCAACUAUUGUUUGGAUUUUGUUAAAAGAUUGGAAAUCAUGUUAGAUGUGGCAUCUGCGCUAGAGUAUCUGCAUCAUAAUUAUCUGCACCCUGUGGUGCACUGUGACUUGAAGCCUAGCAAUGUCCUUUUAGAUGAAGACAUGGUUGCACAUUUAGGUGACUUUGGCAUAGCCAAAAUCUUGACUCUACAAAACCAAACAGCACAAAAAGAUACAUUAGGCACCAUUGGAUACAUGGCACCAGAGUAUGGAGCGAUCGGAAUGGUUUCUGCAAUGGGGGAUGUUUACAGCUAUGGGAUUCUUUUGGCAGAAACUUUUACAAGAAAGAAGCCCACAGAUGAAAUGUUCUCUGGUGAUCUAACAAUGGAAAGAUGGAUUUUUGAAUCAUUUCCUGGGAACAUUAUGCAGAGAGUGGAUGACAAUUUGGUGGUGGAAGAUAGACAUGGCAAACAACAGAUCAGACUGCACUUUCUGCUCAUCAUCAUCAUCAUCGGAUUGCUGCAAUCCAUUACGAUUAAUAUCGCUGAGACAACCUUAAACAGGGCUAGUAGUCUGACAGACAAGGCUGCACUUGUAACGUUCAAGUCGCGGUUGUUGUUGGAUCCCGGCAGGGUCUUGGCAAAGAAUUGGUCGGAAAAUAGCUCUCACUGCAGUUGGGUCGGCGUUUCCUGCGGCCGCCGGCAUGAUAGAGUGACAGCCUUGGUUCUCCCUAGUAUGGGUCUCAGAGGAACCAUUGCUGGAGAAAUAGGAAACCUGUCUUUCCUGGUUUCCUUCGACAUUAGCGGCAAUAGCUUUUACGGACAUGUCCCCGAAGAACUCGGCCGGUUGAGGCGGCUGAGGAGAAAUGUGCCGAGAGAAAUAGGAAACUUAUCAGCCCUGCAACAGUUAGCUCUGGGGUGGAAUAAUCUUACAGGGAAUAUAUGGAGUGAAUUUGGGAACUUAUCAUCACUACAAAAAUUAUCACUUCCUUGGAAUAACUUUAUUGGUACUAUACCAGCUUCAAUUGCCAAUUUGUCAAACUUGGAGAUGUUUGACAUUGGGCAUAACAAUAUCAAUGGAGACAUUCCUUCUGAACUUGGGCUUGCAGAAGAUUGCCUUGUAGGCAACAACUUUUCUAGCAAUCUUCCACCAAACUUGGCUUUCAAGCUUCCCAAUAUUGAAGGCCUUUAUCUGGCUAGCAACAGCUUCAGUGGAAACAUCCCUCCUUCUAUCUCAAAUGCCUCUAAACUUGCAUAUUUGGAUCUUGGAAGAAAUUUCUUGAGUGGACAUUUAACUGCAACUUUGGGAAAUUUAGAUCAGCUUUUGUUCCUCAGUCUGCAAUUUAAUUGA